CUAAGGGCAAAAGAGGGUUGACGCAAGACGGCGGCACCGCGGCUUCCCCAUGACGUCACCUUGAAUGGUGGGAGCACAGGGAGCACAUCGGUGGGAGGGCGACGAGCUGUCAUCUUUGCGUACCCUUUUUGUGAUCCUGGGCCGCGCUCCGAGGGCCUGGUGGUUGGCAUGCAAGCAUAGCCCCAACGCGCCGAGGCCCCAUGCCGCGCGAAAUGAACGGCCUAUCACUGAGCGAGCUGUGCUGCCUGUUCUGCUGUCCGCCCUUCCCAGCGCGGAUCGCGGCCAAGCUGGCGUUCCUGCCGCCGGAGCCGACGUACUCGCUGGUGCCAGACGAGACCGGUACCAAGUAUACGCUGAGUCUCAGCGAGCGCGCCGAGUGGCAGUACACGCAGCGGGAGCUCGAGACGAUCGAGGUGUUUUACACGCGCACUUCGAGGGGCAACCGACUGGCUUGCAUGUUCGUGCGCUGCUCAGCCGCAGCCCGCUUCACAGUGCUCUUCAGCCACGGCAAUGCCAUCGACCUAGGACAGAUGAGCAGCUUCUACCUUGGUCUCGGUUCGCGCAUAAACUGCAACAUAUUCAGCUACGACUACUCUGGCUACGGCGUGAGCACGGGCAAGCCGUCGGAAAAAAACCUAUACGCCGACAUCGACGCAGCCUGGCAGGCACUGCGAACCCGGUACGGUAUAAGCCCCGAGAACAUCAUCCUUUACGGCCAGAGCAUCGGCACGGUGCCCACGGUGGACCUAGCUUCGCGCUACGAGGUGGGCGCAGUGAUUCUCCACUCGCCGCUCAUGUCCGGCAUGCGCGUCGCCUUUCCAAACACCAAGCGGACGUGGUUCUUCGACGCUUUCCCCAGCAUCGAUAAGAUCUCCAAGGUCUCGUCGCCCGUGCUUGUCAUACACGGUACCGAGGAUGAAGUGAUCGACUUCUCACACGGGCUUGCGAUGUACGAGCGCUGCCCGCGCGCCGUCGAGCCGCUGUGGGUCGAAGGUGCCGGCCACAACGAUGUCGAGCUGUACGGCCAGUACCUUGAGCGCCUCAAGCAGUUUGUCUCGGUUGAACUGCUCAACUGACCAGCCCCGAGGGGCCUCGAGGAGACCCCUGAACAGUAGCAGCUGCUUCGCCGGUGUUUGUGCACUCGCAUGUGCGCCUGCCUGUCAUGGACACGACGUAUAAUGAACUGCUGCAGUCUCGUGUGCGCGACGACGUGUUUGUCUGCACAAGACUCGCGUUGAGCUUGUUACUUACGUGCCCCUCCGCGGUGAGAACUUUUGGGGUAAGUUUCUUUUUUUUUUUUUUGGAUGGGGUGGGGCGGGAAAUUGAGCUGUGUAAUGCUUGUACAUAGUCGUUUCACAACUUGAUGCCUUCUCUUUUUGUCUUUUUCGAGCUGUGCGAUGUUUUAGGUAUCCCUUGUAUUGCUUCCCGCUGCCUUUUGCGACACCAGUAAAUAAAAAGAGGGCAGAAAAGUGAUGCUAUGGUGGCCGUCACAUGAGCCUUCUUCUGGGCUGUCCCGAUUGCAUAGUGUAACGUGUCUGACGCGCGUUUGCUUAUGUUGCAACUCUAGUGGAAGUACUGCAUGGGUGCCUGGCAAGGCCAGCACACGUUAUAUACAUGAUUGCAAUCAGGAGAUGGUACUACAGUCUGUAUAAAUGGGAGCCACAUAGAAUUAUAUUGCUUGCAGAUUAUGUAAGGAGCUCAGUUUCAUACGGUGCACAGAUUUAUGCUCCCUUACUAAUCUGCCUACUAGCAUUACUUAUGUGACAGUUUCAUGACAUAUUUGGCUGGAUUUGCUGCAUUCUGUGCAACAUCAGGUGUUAUUGCAUUGGUGCUUGUUUUGGAAGUUCACUUUCCGCAGUGUAAUAGCAAAUCUCAAUCAGAUCUCAGCCCCAGUGCAAUGUUGGCAUAAAUGCUGGAUUUGAGAGGCGUUUGUAAUGUUCUUGUGACGCAAGGAACUGGUGGUGAGAAAAUUGGCAUAGCCCACUCAAUUUGGUGGAAAAGAUGGGCCACUGUAGUAUUGAACCUGCAAGUACUCAGCCUCGUUAUCAUUGUGUGUGUAUAAAUGCGCAGGAGUUUCUUAGUAUUUGCACAUUGUUCAGUGUUUCCACUGUACAGCAUACACCAUACUUGCAGCAGUGUCUGGUGCAUUGUUCUUGCCGAUAUUUAGAUGCAGUUUAUUUUUAGACUAUUUUCUUCCGGUUUAUCAUAUCUCGAAACCACCUGUCUUCUGUUAAUGGUUGUGCAUAUAUAGUAAUGUUGGUCUUCAAAGGAUGUAAACCAGUGAUGCACAGCCAACAAUUCUUUGUGACCUUUCCCACCACUUUUGCUGCUUGGGAACACAUUUGCAUGAGCAAGUUUUUUCUGUCAAGAGGUGUUCCUUUUGGUGUUCCCUUGCGUACCUCUGGCUGCAUCUUGCAGUGCACUGUCAACUGUUGUUUCCUUUUGUAUGACUGCAGAUGAAUGCACGGUGCAGUUUUAUUACUUUUUUGAGAGGCUGCUCAAGUAUUGUUCUUGCGCAGCAGGCUUUAUACAAAUUGCACUGUGCGCAUGCGUGAUUUCAGUAUUGAUGAACAAAUAGGACGUCAUUCACCAGUUGUCGCAGUUGUGAAACACGCAGAAGUGCCACUCUGCUAGUGCCCUUUAAACCGGUUUGUUGGCAUAUGUCUUUUGUAAGCAUUCAGGCCCACACCUGCCUCAGGGCUCACUCUUGCUUACCCUGUGCGAAGCACUAGUCCCUGUGCCCCCCAAAUGGGAAAGGCGUUUGCAAUGUUCAUAUACAUGGCCUCUCCUGGUGAAUGCCUUUCUUUUUCAUGUUGGCAGUUGUAUUUGUAAACAUUUGAAGUGUUAGAACUCAACCUUUCACAUUAGGUUAUUCACUCCACUCAUUUUGAACGCAGGUGAAAGAGUAUUGGGAAUACUUUAGUGUACCCUGAAGCACUCAGUCUUUUUUCUCUUGAACUCUGCUGGACAGUCUUGCCAAUGUAGCUAGCCUUCAACACAUGAGGUCAUCGCUGGGCUCAUUGUGAUAAUGAGCUGCUCUCUGGGAUGUGUCAAGUUGCUUUGCCUUCUUUUUUGUUGUUGUUCAUAUCUCCAUGGUUUACAGAUAGGAGUCUACAAACCCACCAAAGUGGGAGGCACAAAAUAAAGACUUGUCUUUGUAUAUAAA